AUGAAGGAUCUCGCAAUGGCCACCCUCGGCGUGACAUUCACCGGUGCUGCGCUCUCCAUGGGCGGCAAGAAGGCUGAGGACCCUACCACUCCCCCGAUCAACGCGAAGAGCCCUGAUGAGGAGAACUUUGUCAAGGAGUACGUCAAGAAGGCCGCCGACAAGGUCCAAGGAAAGCAAUAA